GAAUAAUGUUCUGACUUCUGUGCAAGAUUAUCGUGCUUGUAUAGAUUGAAUGCAUUAAUCUUUUUAUUUUUUCGGGUCACUCCAAUUUUCAUUGGAUGUCCAUUGGAUCGGGUGAAUUUGAGUCUUUUACCGGCCGUAUUCACGCCCAGGCGGCCCAGCUAACACUGUAACAGGUUGGACCUGCAAAUCAACCGCCCUGCGCGCAUACAACAUUUUAAUCUGGGUUUUGUUUCUCUCUCCUUCUCUCCAAUUUCCUUCCUUCUUCUAUCGAAUUAAUCGAAGGGGAAUAUCAAAAGUAAAGCUUGAUGAUGAGGUGGGAUCGUUUGUUCGUCCCCACAAAAUACAUUUAUGCUCGAACCAAGCUUGUUUACGCUGCUGCUCUCUCCACCCAGAAACGCCUUGCUGGUGAAAUCGCAGAUGGGGAUACUUUGGUUACCUUCUGGAAACAUUUUAUCAAGGGGAAAAUGACUUAUCUUUACAGAAAUGAGGGUCAAGAGAUGGCACCAACUAUUCCUGGGAAAGUUGAGACUCUUCUGAUACGUAACUUGCCCUGCCUAGAUCAUGAGUACAGAAUAAAUUAUAAACAGGUUUCUGUUGGUGAUGUGGUCCUCUUAAAGAACCCCUUAGAUUCAGAUAAGUUUCUGGUAAGGAGGUUAGCUGCUGUAGGAGGUCAAGAAAUGGUGUCCACUGAUGAGAAAGAUGAGCCUUUUGUCGUUGAAGAUGAUCAGUGUUGGGUUCUUUCAGACAACCAAGAAUUGAAGGCAAAGGAAGCCAAGGAUAGCCGUAUGUUUGGUCCAGUUCCCGUCAUGGAUAUAAUGGGUAGAGUUAUCUAUAGGUUCCAGUCAAUGAAGGAUCAUGGACUUGUGGAAAACAGCAACUGUAAUUCGAAAGAGGACACAGCCGUUCUUAAUUUCGAACUCGAACUCAAUGAGAUGCAAAAGAUUUCUGAAGCCUGAAUGCUGUGUAGAAAUCGGUCCUUUCAUUUGCUGCCAAGUUCUGAUAAUUCGUUAAUAUUGCAUUGUUCAAGUGUUUGUAGUCAAUUUAACCUCCAAGUAUUUGCUGAACAACAGUUUUGUACAUUUUGGGCUGUUAGGGAAGGUAUACCAAUGUUACUACCUUCACAUACUGCUAGUCUGCUACUUCAAAGUCUGUUUCACCAACUCGUAACCAGCGAUCAACUAACUUAUAGUCAUCAAGUCAUCAACCAACAAUGAUUCAAUGUGUUGUAGGCUACUCUCUAAUGGCAGUAUGGUUGGUAGUUGGCUGUUAGCAAGUUUCUAUUGCGGCAUUCAUUGGCGCCAACAGAACUUGCAUCUGUCCCCUAACUCAAUGCUUAAUCACAAUAAAUUAUGAAUUGAUGGGUUACUAAUUGUUUACUUUGGCGGAA